AACUAGUUGCUUAUAAAAACCAAACAGCCGUGGUUAAUAUGGUGUUCGAUGGACGAAAUACAACCCUUGAAAGCUGGUUCUCUCUUGGAAAGUUGAAAAGUUCUCCUUGGUCCGACUUACCUCAAAGCCCUGUGAAUUAUUUCACAAUUGGAUUGGGAUCGCGACGUCGUUUCUAUGUGUCAUCUAACGAAGGUGGUUGUCAUCGAGACGCUGGUUGGUUCGUUGUUGUUCAAAUGAGUCAAUGUCAAUGGGAGAAGCUUCCUCAUUUGCCUGCAAUAGUCUACUCAGGUGAAGAAUCGAAAAUCAUUUGGAAUAACGGUUUGGAAACAGCUGAUUCCAUGGCCAUAUUCAUCCGCCUAAAACCUUAACGAACCAAUCAAAAGACCUGUUUCAUACAACGUGACCACACGGCUUCUGUCAAUGGAAUUCAUUCACAAGUCGUUAGUUGUAUAGUAGAAACCGGGACUAUA